UCAGACAUAUCACAAUGCGGUUCCUAUUCGUUCUUGUCUUCGGCGUGCUCUUGUGCCUUGUCCAGGCUCAGGAUGAGACCGCCACCACCACCGCCGCCUCCUCAGACACCACCACUACCACCGCCGCCUCCUCCGACACCACUACUACCACCGCCGCCUCCUCCGACACCACCACCGCCGCCUCCUCCGACACUACCACUACCACCGCCGCCUCCUCCGACACCACCACCAAAACCUCCUCCUCCACCAAGUCCCCUUCGGCGGCGGAGGCCAAAAGGCGCAGACGAGCCCGGGAACGCCGUCGUCGGCAGGAGCGGAGGCAGCGCCAGGAGAGGAGGAGGCGCAGGAUGAAGCAGCAGCUGGCGAGGCAGCGCCGCCUGAUCAACCAGCUUCAGGGAUAAGUGGGAAAGGGGUCUCUUAGAGUUAUUGUCUGCGGACAGCCUUGUUUUGGAAAUACAUACACUGCAUUAACUAA